AUGGACUGCCUUGUGGGUUUUGCAUCUUCUGUUUCAAGAGAUUUAGUGUGUGGUGCAUUAAAUCAAUUGCGUUAUCUUCGCUCCUUUAACAAUUUUUUCAAAAAGCUUGAGCAAGGAGAGGACGAUUUGAUUGUAACAAAACAUGAUGUCCAAAAAUCCGUUGAAGAUGCAAAGAGGAAAACUAAAGAGACUACUGGAGUUGUUGACAAGUGGCUGCAAAAUGCUAUGAGUGACAUAGGUAAAGUGAAUCAGUUGCUAGAAGAGGCAAGAACAAACAAAAUGUGUUGCUUUGGGUAUUGUCCAAAUUGGAUUUGGCGAUACCAUACAGGAAAAAAGCUAGCAAAUAAAGUUUUUGACCUUGAAAAGUUCAUUGAUGAGGGUAAAAACUAUGUGUCAUUUGACCGCAACGCUACGCUACCUUCAGACACCCUUGACAUUCUUUCAGAAAAAUGCAUGAAUUUUGAGAGUAGACAAUCUGCUUUUGAGCAACUACUGGAUGCAGUGAAAAAUAAUGAUGUUUCCAUGAUUGGGUUGUAUGGAAUGGGAGGUUGUGGUAAAACCACAUUAGCAAUGGAAAUUAGGAAGUUCGUAGAAGAAGAGCAUCUUUUUGAAAAAGUUCUUUUUGUGCCUGUUUCUAGUACAGUGGAAGUUGGGAGGAUUCAAGAGAAAAUAGCAAGUUCACUGCAAGUUGAAUUUCCAGAAACCGAAGAAAUGCAGAGAGCCCAAAGAUUGUGCUCAAUAUUAACUCAAGAGAAAAAUGUUUUUAUAAUUCUAGAUGAUGUGUGGGAGAAGCUUGACUUUGGCCGUAUUGGAAUUCCUUCUUCUGAACACCUUAAAGGCUGCAAGAUUCUCAUUACCACUAGAUCAGAAGCUGUUUGUACUUUAAUGGAUUGUCAAAGAAAGAUUUACUUGCCAAUUUUAACCGAUGAAGAAGCAUGGACUCUUUUCCAAAAUAAAGCACUUAUAUCAGAUGCCACCUCUGAUACCUUAAAGGAAAUAGGAAGAUUAAUUUCCGAUGAAUGUAAAGGAUUGCCGGUUGCCAUUGUAGCUGCUGCUUGUAGUUUGAAGGGAAAAGCUGAGACGGAAUGGAGGGUUGCAUUGAAUAAAUUGAGACAUUCCGAGCCAAUAAAUAUUAGAAGAGGUUUGACUGAUCCCUACAAGUGCCUGCAGUUGAGCUAUGAUAAUUUAGAUACUAAAGAAGCUAAAUCACUUUUCCUGUUGUGCUCUGUGUUUCCUAAAGAUUUUGAAAUUCAAAUUGAAACUUUAACAAGAUGUGCAAUAGGAUUAGGUGUAGUUGGAGAAGUUGACUCAUAUGAAGAGGCAAGGAGUGAAGUGAGUGCAGCUAAAUUUAAGCUUGUUAGUUGUUGUUUAUUGUUGGAUGCAGAUCAUGAACGUGUCAAAAUGCAUUAUAUAGUUCGCAAUGUAGCCCACAUAAUAGCAAAAUAUGAGAAUAAGAUGAUCAAGUGUGAAGUGGAAAAGGAUGUUAUAGUGGAACAAAAUUCAGUAAGAUAUCUAUUUUGUGUGAAAUUUCCAAAUGAUUUGGAUUGCUCCAAUCUUGAGUUUUUAUACUUACAGACAAAGAUGAAAGAAUUUGAUGGGAUUUUCAAAAGAAUGGGAAUGCUCAAAGUUUUGAUUCUUCAAAACGAUGAGGAUGAAAAAACACGAUUGUCAACAAUAUCUUUCAAAACAUUAACAAAUCUUCGUUGUCUAUUCAUUGAGAAUUAUGAAUUGAGCGACUUCUCAUUUUUUAGCGGUCUGAAGAAACUUCAAAGUCUCUCGUUAUGUAAUUGUUUACUGCCUUCAUUUCCUGAAUUACAAACCGAUGUUGCGAUUACACUAAAAUUGUUAGACUUGAAUGGAUGUAACAUUAAAGUGAAGAAUUUUGAAGUGAUUAAAAGAAUCCCGUUUUUGGAAGAGUUGUACAUUAUUGAUGGAGAAUGGGAUGCUAACAGUGAGGACAAUAUUGAAUUCUUUAAGACGUUUAGCUUUCCCGAAACACUUCAAAGGUAUGGAAUUGUGUUAGGGUCCCAUAAAUUUGACCAUUUUAAUUAUGGAGAUAUUUACAUUCAUGGAAGAACUUUAUUACUUAACCAUUUUGACGUAUCAAAUGAGGUAAUAAAGGGUUUGGCAAAAAAAGCAAAGGAUCUAUUUGUACGAAAUAUUCAUGGAGGCGCAAAAAAUAUCAGCCCUGAUAUAUUUCAAAUUGAAGGAGGAGGUUUGGAUGAGUUGAAUAAGUUGGAGAUACAUGAUUCUGAAGAGUUAGAAUGUUUGAUUGACACUUGUAGUCACUCGAGUGAUGUGGUAACUCUCUUCUCCGAGUUGCAUACGCUUGGAAUUGAGAACAUGAGAAAUCUAAGAGUUAUAUGGCAUUGUUUUCUUCCUGCCAAUGGACCUUUUGAGAACUUAAAGAAGUUUGAUUUAAGUGAUUGUCCACGGUUGACAUUUCUCUUCACAUAUGUGCUUGCUCGAAACUUUGUAAAAUUGAAAAUAUUAAAAAUAUCAAGAUGUGAUAAACUGAAGUAUAUAUUAGCAGAUGAAUUCACCACAGGGCAUCCUGUACAAAUUUUCCAAAUUCUGCAGGAUGUACAGAUAUAUAGCUGUCGAGAAUUAAAACAUAUAUUCCCAGCCAACAUUGUUGGAGGCUUAACUCAAUUGAAAGUUGUUGAGAUAGAAGAAUGUGACAAGCUAGAUCAAAUAAUUGGAGAUAUUGUUCCAUCAACAGACCGUGAUAAACUAAUAGAGAAAGGAACUCUAUCCAGCCUUACAAGUCUUAAGAUAAAACGUUGUGGGAAGUUAGGCUCAAUUUUUACAGCAUCUAUAGCUAAGAACUUGACUUCUUUGGAAGAAUUGUUCAUAAAAGACUGCAAAAGUUUGAAGGAUAUAGUAACUCACGAAAGGGUCAACAAAAAUCAGGAGGAAAGCAUUGUUGAGGAUGAACAUGAUUGUCAGAGUGAUAUUUCAAUCUUCCAAAGUUUGAAAAAGCUACAUAUCAGUGAAUGUGAGUUAUUGGAGGGUAUAUUCCAUGAUAUAACAAAUAAAGAGGCUGCUGAUUUGAAAGACUUCUCUAGUCGAAAUAAUACUCAAAUUAAGCUUCCUGCUUUACUAGUACUUGAACUUCAGGAAGUAAAUGUAUAUUACUGUCGAGAAUUAAAACAUAUAUUCCCAGCCAACAUUGUUGGAUGCUUAGGUCAAUUGAAAGUGCUCAAGAUAGAAAGAUGCGACAUGCUAGAUCAAAUAAUUGGGGAUAUUGUUUCAUUAGCAGAGCAGGAUAGAAAAGAAGAACUUGAUGAAAUCGUUGAGGAAGGAACUCUGUCCAGCCUUGCAAGCCUUGAGAUAAAACAUUGUGGGAAGUUAGGCUCAAUUUUUACAGCAUCUAUAGCUAAGACCUUGACUUCCUUGGAAGAACUGUUCAUAGAAGACUGCAAAAGUUUGAAGGAUAUAGUAACUCACGAAAGCAUUGUUGGGGAUGAGCAUGAUAUUUCAAUCUUCCAAAGUUUGAAAAAGCUUCAUAUCAGUGAAUGUGAGUUAUUGGAGGAAGCUGCUGAUUUGAAAGACUUCUCUAGUCGAAAUAAUACUCAAAUUGAGCUUCCUGCUUUACAAGUACUUGAACUUCUUCAUAUUCGAAACAGAACCGUUGUUGGUAGUUAUGAUGUGAUAUGUCCAUCUUUAAGAAAACUAUCAUUGGAUAUUGGGAGAUAUGUUGGGUUUUCCAACAUAAAUUGUUCAAGCGAUGCUUCAGAAGCUACAAAAAGGGAUUCUAUUGCAAUCAAGGUAUGA